UUGUUGCUAAUGUGGCAUCAUUUGUCAAAUUAAGUAUUAGAAUAAGAUUUUAACGAACACUAAUAUAUCUUUGCAACUACAAUUCGUUUUCGAGUAUAUAGGUACUUAUAUUUCAACAAUGAUUGCUCCAGCAGCAAAUCCUUCAUCUCACAGCAUGCUCUCCCAAACUACAAAGAAUGUGAAGCUCGCUCCACAAGCGUUGUCCAAGCGGCUGGUGUACCGAGUGAUGGUCAACGGCGAGGAUCUCACCCCGGAAGAUAUCAACGACCCAGCGUUCUCCACCAUGGAAGAAACGUCCACACACGCUGCGUAUGUAUACAAAUGUUAUUCCAAAAGCGAAACAGGUCUUCGAUCAAAAUCCAUGACAUGCGGCUGGACGGUUUAUGCCACCACUAUCAACCUUGACGACAUAAAAAUCGAUCACACACUCGACACUGAGGAGGGAUUAGUGUCUGAGAACGCCGAGCUCUCUAAAGCGCCAUCCGCAUAUAUUUUUUCUAAAAUGAGCGAGCUAUCGUCCUAUCCGUCAGAAAUAACCAUCACACUUAAGGAAACUGAAACCAUUUUCUUAUUUUCGAUACCGAGUAUAUGUUGCGACAAAGAUACUUCCGAAGGGAAAGCAGUUGAAGAAGAAAAUGUACGUUAUGAGUACAUUACGACUGGAAAAGGGAAAAACAGAAAAAAGCUUUGUCAAUCAACUCAAACAAAAGAAACUAUUACGCAGACCAGACAUACUCUUGCUAUGAGACCGCAAAAGAAGAACGCAUUAGUAUUUGCCUCCGUGUGGGACAUGUACGAUACUUAUGCGAAAAUUGCCGUUACCCAGGAAGAGCACGAAGAAAGGGAUGAGAUGGUGAUGUACCAAUCCGCUGCACCUCACUUGUUACGGCAGAAAAAGAAAAAAGUUCAAGAAGUCGAUACAACGCCAGGGAAAACUUUCCUGGAAAUUUCACAGAUUCCGCAAUAUUUAGAUGCGGUGCUGCUGACAGAUCGAGUAUUGGCAUCCUUAAAAUAUGGAACUUCUCAGAAAAGAUUUCGAGGACUCAUCAGUAUGGAUCCACUGUCAUUAGACUUAGUAUAUGUUUACACACUUCGCGCUUUGUGGACUUACGAAUGCGAGGAAACCUAUAACAAACCUAUUUCGAGCAUAGCUUUUAAUCCUAAGUAUCCGCACAUAUGCGCAAUAUCUCAUGGAAAGUUUGCUUACGCCGAUGAAUGUCAAGGAAUGGUCAGUGUUUGGUGUUUCAAGAAUCCAUGCAAGCCCGAAAGACUUUACACUUUCGAUGUGUCGGUCACCUCCGUAAGUUUCUCUACAAAGAAUCCUAGCUGGCUAGCUUGUGGGUUCAGUAACGGUGAUGUGAUAAUAAUAGAUAUUCAGUCGUACACAAAAAAAAUCAUAGCUAGCAGCAAACGUGACACAAACCCUUGUUUCGAGCCGAUUUGGGUAGUAACUUGGCGCUACCUAGAAAAUGACAAUGAGUACGUAAUGAUAACAUGCCAGGACGGGAGGAUCCGUAAACUGCAUACCACGAAAACUUACAAAUUCGUCAGUGCACCCAUGAUGCGAAUCAGUGCAGUCGAGGGAAAUGUGAGGGGUCUAGUAACAACCAAGACAUGCUUAAAGGUCGACGUCCCUAUCACUCGGUACCCCGCUGUGUUGUGCAUGAUAUGGCAUCCGACGAUAGAUCACUGCUACCUGGUCGGCACUGACGAAGGCUGCAUACACAAAUGUUCUACUCACUAUCUGAACCAACAUAUGGACGUGUUUCGUGCUCACGAAGGACCAGUCAACGACAUCUGUAUGUCACCUUUCAUGAAUGAAUUGUUAGCCUCCUGUGGCGCAGACAAUGCGAUUCGCCUCUGGCUUGAAGGGUUGGAAGAUUCUAUAAUGACGUUGAAUUGUCAAAGCGCAGUGACCGGAAUAACUUUUUGUCCUAUAAAUGCAACGAUCCUGAUUUCAGCGAGUGGCCAGGCGUUGUCAGUUUGGGAUCUUCGACGUAAAAUUCAUAUGCCGUGUGCGGAGUACACGUUCCCUGGUAAUGUGACGUUGACGUACGUUCAGUUUGAAGCGUCUGGUCACAACGUGUUCGUGGGAGACACGCUGGGCAGGCUGCACACCUUCCACUUGGAAGACACGCCGAUCCCGCCGUACAAUCAGACCAAAAUGUUAGACGAAGCAAUAAGGAAAGCUCUAUGCACCAGACCGCAUAUGAUAAAGCAACUUGAUAAGCUUAUGAGAUCCAAGGAACUUAAGUCUAAGUCAGACAAGUAACUGCUGAAUCUUUCGGGCAUGUCUAAUUAAUCACCGAUAAAAAGCACAAUUAUGUAACUUGCCCUCUGGUUUUUAUAAAUUGGUUAUCCUUAUAUUAAGUUUUAG